UUUCACUUGGGACUUUUUCUUUUGUUGUUUUGGAUUUCUCUUCUCCUUUUGAAUGCAAACACUUCUUUUGCUCUUCUCAAGAACUGCUACUUUGAUCACCAAAAUAACACUUCGUUUCUUGAGAGACAGGAAAACAAGAAGAAACCCAGAAAAGAAAAAGUUGAAAUGAAUAUGGUUUUUUGAAAACUCUUUGUUUAGAGAGGUCUGGUACGAAUCGCCGUAGUUUUGGGGUUACUGUUUGGAGCCUAAAGUUUAGCUCGUGAAACCUAGUUGGUGUUUGUAGACUUUCUUUUUGGUUAAAGUCAAAUCUGAACCGCCUAUUUCUGAUCUGACGGUUGUUUAUUCAUCUUCUUUUUUCGUUUUUCAAUUGUUUUUUUUUAUUUUAUUUUGAUGGAUGGGAUGUGAUGUUCUUAUAUAAAGUCUUCCAGGUUUGUUUUUUAAUGCAGAUUUUCCAGUAUCUGAAACACCCAACAAAAUACACUCUUCGCUGCUGUGCAGGCUUUUUCCAUGGCGUUUUGAGCUUUGCAGCUACUCGUUGAUCUUUUGACUCGCUUUUCCGAGAGAGAAAAGCAGAAGAGAAUCUGAAUAGGGUUUCUCUUUUGUUGUUUUUUUGAGUGUCAUUUUGCUUUCACCGAUGAAUCGACGACUCCUUUUGUUACUAUCCUCGUUUUCCUUCGCCGCAUUAUUCCUCUUCCUUGUCGGGUUUUUCUCAGGUCAGGGUAAAAACAUCAGUGGUUCAUUGGGGUUGAAGCUGUUGGCGUUUAGGAUCAAGCAUUGGAACAACACACUUCCCACUCCACACCGCAAGCUUCUUCGUGGAACAGCAAUGGAGGAACCCAACCGAAGCUGGGGAGAGAAGUGUACCAAGGCUGAUAUUGUUAUCAACCAGGGACCCACAGCCCCACUCCCAAGUGGCAUACCAACCUACACUGUUGAGAUCCUGAAUGUGUGUGUCACUGGCUGUGACAUCUCUGGAAUUCACCUAAACUGUGGCUGGUUUAGCUCUGCUCGCCUCAUCAACCCCAAAAUUUUCAAGCGCCUUCGCUACAAUGACUGCCUUGUCAACGACGGCAAGCCCUUAGUCAUUGGUGGGACACUCUCAUUUCAGUAUGCCAAUACCUUCCCUUACCCUCUUUCUGUCUCCCGUGUGGUCUGUUCUUAGUAAACAUCAAAUACCUUGCUACAAACAUUGAACAGCUAGCAGUGUUGAUAUAAAGCCACUCAAAGCAAGGACUGGUUACUGGUUAGUUUACAACACUUGAUGCCAUCAUACCUAGAUACCCUUGUGAUCCUUUUGGUUUUGCAGAUUCUGCUUUAGCUUUAUAUCAUUACUGGUUUGAGUGCUUUCGGGAGAUUGAUAUAUACUGUAAAGUGUUUGUAUUGUGAAUUUUGCUUGACGGCAUUGCGGAGAUAGGGAUGAAACUUGAAUGAUCACUGAGCUGAACCGGUUUUGUCGGAUGAAGAUCGAGCAUGAAUUUUGGUUGUGGCUUUUGUAAAUAGGAAUGUGGUAUAUGGAUUGUAAGCAUGAGGAACCCCUAUAUUGAGGCAAUAUGCGAGAAAUGAAACUGUGAUUAGAGGAUGUUUUGUAUCAAAAUGUGUGUUGUUUUGAUCAUGACAUUGAAAAGGGAAUGAAUGAAUGAGAUGAUGCUUCUUAUACUGCUUGCUUUGUUAGUUCUUUAUUGUUUUUGAUAUUUGAGAAUGGCCAUCUUUGCCAACUUUGCUGGUUAUGGCGUCAGUUUCUUUGAUCCUACUCUCUCUCUCUCUCUCUCUCUCUCUAACGAUUGUUAGGGACACUGAGACGGCAAAAAUCGUCUUUAGCCAUUCAUGCAACUGGUCAAUUUUUUUGACGUUGCCUGUGGUUGUCCUUUUAUGCGCAAACAAAAUAAGG